AUGAAGGACACAGCUGCACAAUGCAUGGUGGUUGCCACUCUUAUAGCAACCAUAGUAUUUGCCGCUGGUUUUACACUUCCUGGUGGUUAUGACCAAAACAAUGGACUUCCUAUGUUCGGUCCCAGAUCAGCACUGGUUGUUUUUGUGAUCGCAGAUGCCAUUUCAUUGAUAUUCUCUUCAACCUCGGUCCUUAUUUUCCUAUCUAUCCUCACAUCUCGUUAUGCUGAACGUGAUUUCCUAGAAUCAUUACCAAAAAAGCUGAUGUUUGGUCUUGGAACACUCUUCCUUUCUAUUGUGACCAUGAUGAUUGCAUUUGGUUCGAGCUUCUUCUUACUAUACCAUAAAAACCAGAAAUGGAUACCAUAUAUGGUCGCUGGUUUUGCUGCUAUACCAGUCAUUCUAUUUGCCUUCCUGCAAUCUCGUCUUUUAUUGGAUGUCUUCUACUCAUCAUAUCGAUCCAGAUAUCUCUUUAAGCCCAAAGAAACACACGCUUUACGAUUAGAGAAUCAUUGUAAUUUUUUUCCAAGAUGUAAUUCAAAAUUUUUAUUGAUGGUUGAUAAUGCACAUACUUAA